AUGACGGGCAUCGAUGGCGCCGACAUCCGGUGGUACCUGCGGUACUACUCGCCGACGACCCUGGUCCCGGAGUCCAACUGGACCCCGCUGGGCGAGGCCCCGGCGGAGCUGCAGUAUGGCCGGCUGACCCUGCACCAGUAUCUGACGCAGCGCCUGCCGGAGGGGUCGCCCGUGGCCGCCCUGGCCCGGGCGGCCAUCUUGCCCAGUAAUGGCAUCGGCGCCGGCAACAGUAAUGGCAUCGGCAUCGGCGCCGGCAUCGGCAUCGGCCCCGGCCCCGGCAUCGGCCCCGGCAUCGGCCCCGGCAUCGGCCCCGGCAUCGGCCCCGGCAUCGGCAUCAGCAUCAACAUUAGCGCCGGCAUCAGCAUCAACAUUAGCGCCGGCACCGGCAUCAACAUUAGCGCCGGCACCGGCAUCAACAUUAGCGCCGGCACCGGCAUCAACAUUAGCGCCGGCACCGGCAUCGGGUCCGGUCACUUCCGUCACCUGGCCACUGGGUGUCGUGCUGCUUGGCCUCCGGCCGAUGCCGACACCCACCGAGGUGGCCGCACAUGUCGGGGGCCUGCCGCGGGAUAUCUCUCACGCUCGGCACUCUCGCUGUCGAAUGACGAGAUUCGGGCCCUCCGGCGCCUGGGCGGCGAGGUCCACCCGGCCGGCGGGCGCAUGCGCCACACGGUCCGGGAGAUUGCCCGGGCGAUGGACCUGCCGCCGGAUCGCACGUACUGCCUCCUGCACCGGUACUGCCCGGAGUACUUCUUCCUGGCGCUGCCGGCGGAGGCCGGGUCCGGGCCCGGGGGGAUGUACGUGCCGGAGGGCAAGCUGGGCGAGCUGGUGUCGGCGGUGAUCGGCCGGCACCCGGCGCCGAUCCUGCACCAGGUGGCGGCGGAUCUGGGGUGUGCCCUGCCGCAGGUGGUGAACUCCCUGCGGGCGCAUGCCAGCCAAGCCGGGCUGCCCUUCAAGGUGCCCUUCUUCGCCAAGCACAGCACGUUCCGGCGCUAUGAAAUCAUCCAAGCGCGGAGGAGCUUCCCGCACGCUACCCUCCAAGAGCUGUCUCAGACUCUGGGCAUCACUCGCCAGACCCUCGCCAGGGAGUUGGCCAAUGCCGAUGCCUAG